CUCAACACUCAUUUUCAAACAAUCAACUAAUCAACAAUGGUCUCCUUCACUUCUCUGUUCCUUGCCGCCACGGCUGCCGUUGGCGCCUUCUCGGCGCCCGCCCCCAUGGCUGGCGAGCUCGUCGCCAGGGCCGGUGUCCCCAGCGGCCAGGGCACCAACAACGGCUACUUCUACUCGUACUGGACUGACGGCGCUGGCGACGUCACGUACAACAACGGCAACGCCGGCGAGUACAGCGUGAAGUGGUCUGGCAACAAUGGCAACUUCGUCGCCGGCAAGGGCUGGCAGACGGGCUCCCGCAGGAACAUCAAGUACUCGGGCAGCUUCAAGCCGAACGGCAACGCGUACCUGUCCGUGUACGGCUGGUCGCGCAACCCGCUGGUCGAGUACUACAUUGUCGAGAACUUCGGCGACUACAACCCGUCGUCGGGCGCGACCAAGAAGGGCUCGCUCACGUCCGACGGCUCCACCUACGACAUCUACACCAGCACGCGCACCAACGCCCCCUCGAUCGACGGCACCCAGACCUUCCAGCAGUUCUGGUCCGUCCGCCAGAACAAGCGCUCCUCCGGCACCGUCUCCGUCGGCAACCACUUCGACGCUUGGGCCAAGGCUGGCCUCACCAUCGGCACCGAGUUCAACUACCAGAUCGUCGCUACCGAGGGCUACCACAGCUCCGGCUCCGCUGACAUCACCGUCUCGUAAUUUGCUGCGAGCGUUGGUGUCGCCUGCCAAUAGUUGUGUGCUUGCUUGGGGGAUCUUGAAAUAUAGUCCGCUUACGAGCGUUGCUUUGAGCUGGAGACGUGCUGCUUCUAGUACUUGUGUUUUUAGCAGUUAUACUUAAAAUAUAUAUGCGGUAUUGCUCCACGCAAUCUUGACGAUUGUCAUCAUUGAAUUUUUAGUACCACUG